AUGGAAUCCCUUACUACCCACCCUUCCACUGCCCAGCAGGCGAAGGCCUUCACUUCUCCAGCGUCAUUAUCCUUCCCAGGCGGUGCUGGUGACCUCACUCCGCCAUCCUUGGAGAAAGAACCAGGCAUGAUGAACGGAUUGCAACAAUCGAAUGGUCAACUGCUGUUGGGGAAUGCCACUGCUUCUGGUAACGGGGUGACUCCCGCAACUCCUGCUGCGACUCCUGGAGCUGCCGCUGUUGGUGGUCCUGGGGUUAGCGGCAUCGUGCCUACUUUGCAAAAUAUUGUUGCUACGGUCAAUCUUGACUGCCGUUUGGAUCUGAAGACUAUUGCGCUCCAUGCGAGAAAUGCGGAGUACAACCCAAAGCGUUUCGCUGCUGUUAUCAUGCGCAUUCGCGAACCGAAGACCACCGCCCUGAUCUUCGCCUCGGGCAAGAUGGUAGUUACCGGUGCCAAAUCUGAAGAUGACUCUAAGCUGGCCUCGAGAAAAUAUGCCCGUAUCAUCCAGAAACUCGGGUUCAAUGCGAAAUUCACGGAUUUCAAGAUCCAGAACAUUGUCGGGUCGUGUGAUAUUAAGUUCCCCAUUCGUCUUGAAGGGCUUGCGAGUCGUCAUCAUAAUUUCAGCUCCUAUGAACCCGAACUUUUCCCAGGACUCAUUUAUCGUAUGAUGAAACCGAAGAUUGUGCUUUUGAUCUUCGUCAGUGGCAAGAUUGUAUUGACGGGGGCGAAAGUUAGAGAGGAGAUUUAUCAGGCUUUCGAGAUGAUUUAUCCCGUGCUUACUGGUACGUGUGGGGAAUGA